AGCAGGAGACAAACAACCAACAGCAAAGGAAGAAACAAACAAACAGGCAAACAAACCAACCGAGAGGCAAACAAAUUGCUAAAAUAAAUGUACGGCGGGGGCCAGAAGAAACAGCAGCAACCAAGACUCGACAAAAGGAAGAGGACUCGAAAAAGAAAGAAACAAAAAUCGGCAUCGAAAUCGGAAUCGGAAUCACAAUCAGAAUCAGAAUCGCAGAGGUCCUAUUAAUGAACCAACCCAGCAAGCCAACAAUAGCUAAAAUAAUAGAAUAAGCAAUACUUAUUACGAAAUCGCUUUAAACGCACCUAGUGUUAGUCAAACUAAGAAGGAACACAUAUCGAUGUGUAUCUUGGGGAAAUCAACGCUUCAUAAAUUAACGAAUUAGUGAAUAACAAACCACGGACCAGCUAAUUUAAAGACCACCCCUUGGGGUGAACCACCGAAUCGGAGAAGGAUCAACCACCACGGCGAAGGGCGGCCGUAAUGGGUGGUGGCUUUGCGGCGCCACCGAUUACACUAGCCAGCAACCAGCGCCCAGUGGCUUUGGACCAGGUCGAGAUCCCCAUUCCGGCGACGGAUAUGCACGAGAAACUCCUGGAGAAGCACGAGAAGGAAGACAAGACUGAGAGGACCAAUCUGCUGGGCAGGUCCAAGGACAAACCGCCCAAGGAUAAGCCGCCCAAGCAGUCGAAGUUCGCGGAGCGCUUGCGGCGCUCCUUCCGCCGCGGCGACCAUCGAUCCUUGGAGAUCAAGCGACAGGAACCGACUCCGGAGGAACUGAAGGCUAAGAGUCGGGCCACACCACCGCCUCCGAGUACUCUGCGCCCAGACAACAAUAACCGGCUGCCAUUUGCCCUUAGCCACCUAAACUUGCCCGGUUUAGGAUUGGGAGUGGGCGUGGGUGUUGGUGGACACAUCAAUCCCGCCCUGCUGCUGGACAGUCCGGACGAGUGCACGCCGCCGGAGUACGCCUAUCAGCACCUGAGCAGCGUUGCCACCACCAAUUCGAGCACUUCCUUGGAGAGCAGUUGCGAAUUGGGCGAGCUAAGUGGCUCCCAGAACAGCGUCUACUACUGGGCCUCCAUGGGUGGCGAGGUGAGCACAUCAGCGGGGGGAGCUGGAGCCGAUGGAACAGGAGGAACUGGCGAAGUAACAGGUGCAGGAGCAGUGCCCAUCGAAAGCCAAGAUAGACGUCGUCUCGAGACGCAAAAUAGCAGUCGAAGCGACCAGCAGCCCAUCACCAUAAAUGCUUCCUCUGCUCCGGGGAACAGCAGUAGGAGCUGCAGUUUGACCAGUGAUAGCAGCUCCAUCCGCUUGACCAGGCUGCAGAACUUCCUCUUUAAGAGCAGCAACGAGAGCUCUAGGAGUUGCCAGGGUCACUCGAACGAGGGAUUCACGGUGUCCUCGCACAACUCCUCCUCCGGUGAGUGGGAGCAACUGGGAGCCUAUCUCUCCAGCAGCAGUGGCGUGGGUGGCCACGACUUCCAGGGCGGUUCCUUUCCCGAGGAGAGCACGCCCGAUGAGACGGAUGGCACGUUGCCGGUGGAGACCAGUAGCAGUGGCGGCGGCGGUGGCUACUAUCAAUACACCCUGACGUCACCCAACAAUCCCUUUCUGCCAGAGAUCACGGCGCGAACCUAUCACAGCACCUACAGCGAGGAUGGGGCCGUGGAGGGUGGUGAGUCCACGACGGAAGAUCUGCAGCUGGACGGGAAGUAUGGCUGUGGACCAGGGGCGGGCAGUAGGUCCGCCCAGCUGCCAACGCCAUCCUACAGUCGAGCAGGAUCGCAGGAGUCGACGCACAGCGAGGGAGGAGGGCCGCCUGGGCCCACACCCAGUCCUGCUUCCAGUUCCUCCUCCACGCCAGGUCGGCAUCGAAGGAAGCUCUUCAGCCUGAACUCACCCACCCGGCUGCUCCACCACCAGCAGCAGCAGGCUCCACCGAGUGGAGCCACCUCGGCGUCGCCUCCAUCCGGCGCCAGUAGCAAUGAUGGAGGCGGCGGUGCAUCCAGUGCGGGCAAGUUUAACUCGGCCAGUCUGGUGCGGAGCUUGAAUCCGUUCCUGCCCAGCGUCUCGUCGCCGAAGAAGACGCCGCACAAACAAUCCGCGGUGACCUCGCCCGGCUCCUUGACCCCUGACCUUAGCACAAAACGCGAGGAGUUCCUCCGGGCCACCAUGAAGAUCUGCUUGGUCGUCUCGCCGCCCAACAGCAAGCUGCAGCUGAAAUCGAAGAGCCUCACGCACUUGGAUGGCCUCGACUCGGGUGUGGUGGCCUGCCAGCACGGUCCUCCGGGAAUGGCCACCAGCAUCACCACCGCCACCACCGCCACUACAGCCAUCACAGCCAGCACAGGCAGCACCAGCGCCACAUCCGGACUGUUCGCCACCACUGGAGUCCCAGGACCGCUGGGCCGGCAGGCCAAUGUGACUGAGAAGGGUGAACGAGCGGGCGGUUGCCUGUCACCCUCGGCACCACUACCCUCGCACACCCCACCGCACCACCCACCCACUAUUUACACCCAGGCACCGCAGAUCGUGCGGCGGAUGCCAUCGCUGAUGCUCUCGCCCACUCUCGAUGAAACCACGAAGACGGCCAGCUCGUCCUGCUUUGGUACCGGUCACCCCAGUGCCGGAUCCUUCCACCACCACCAGCACCACCAUCAUCAGCAACCGACUGGCAGCGUCAGCACCUCCGGCGCCACCGGUCACACUGGCACCACCACCUUCACCUCCACUUCCACUUCCACCACGUCAACUCAUGCGAUACCCUCCUCCAAACACUUUCAGUGUGCUGGCGAGGCGGCGGCCACAUCCUCGUUCUCGACGCUUAGUCCGCACAGUGCCACAGCCGCGACCUUGGGCGGAGGUGGAUGUGGAGGUGGAUGUGGAGGUGGAAGUGGUGGUGGUGGUGGUGUUGGUGGCCUAACCUCCCCGGUGGGCUGCACCUCGUCCUCCGGUUCGACGGUGAAAAAGAAAUCCUCGUUCAUGAAGCGCAAGAAGCCACUGCUGACGCGCAGCGAGGUAUCCAGUUCCGAGUUCUUCUCCGUGUCAUUCUGCUUGGACUCGUCGCAGCAUCCCGAUGAGGAGUUUAUUCCGGCGACAAAAGGCGUGACACUACUUAACGCACUCAGCCACGCCCUGCGUAGGCGGAACCUCAGCUUUACGCAAAUCACCAUUACGGACAAUAAUCCCACGCCCAGUUUUUUAGAUGCAGGUCCUUCGCUCCUGCCCGUUUCCGUGGAUGAGCAGACCGAUGUGGAGAGCCUGGCGGGACACCAUCUCUGCAUCACAGAACGAGGCAGCAACCGCAAGCCCCUGCAGAAGGCAGCUUCCUUUGGCUCCCGACAACCUCCGCCCCGACUCCUGCCCUCCGUCUCCACCGAGGAGACCAGCGAGUCGGGAGUGGCGCCCGGAAAGCAGAUCAAGCAACGGUGGUCUUCCAUAUUCGGAAUCAAGAAUCCCCAGCAGAGCCAGCUGUGCGAGUUGCUGAACAGCUAUGCCAAGAACGGAGUGCCCCAGCGGGCUGACAGCAUGAACUUCGAUCAUCCGGACCUGGGCAACUCACUGGCCUAUCUGCAGGAUAUGCACAAAUCGUGGCGGGACUUUGUACAUAGCGAUGCGAUGAGCGAGUCGGAGGUCAAGAUCCAAACGGCCAUUUGGGAGCUGGUUACCACCGAGGUCUACUACAUUCACGCCCUGCAAACAGUGACUGAUUUGUUCCUAGCCUGUCUGGAGGCCGUGCAGGAGGAACGCCUGCUGAUCGACGUGGACCAAGCUCGAUUGUUCUCCAAUGUGAGGGCUGUGUGCGAGGCGAACAUCAAGUUCUGGACACUGUGGCUGUAUCCCAUGGUGGCACACAGUGUCAUCACCCACGAGCCCCUGCGAUGCGCUUUUUUUCAGGAGGGGUUUCUUUCCUUCGCGUCCAUUUUUGCGCCAUAUAAGAUCUACUGUGCGGAACAGAGCACUUGCCAGUUCUACUGCAAGGAGCUAAACCAUAACAAUGCCUUAUUCACCUCCUACUUGGCGUGGUGCGAGUCGCAGAAGAUGUGCAACCGCCUGCGACUCGCGGACAUUGUGGUGCGACCCAUGCAGCGACUGACCAAGUACAGCCUCCUCCUGGCGGCCAUCAAGAAGCACAUGAGCGAUGUGGAGGAGAUCGAGGCCAUCGACGUCAUGAUGCACAGCGUGGAGAACUUUGUAAGCAGUGUGAACAACCACUUGACGAUGCGGCAGGAGAACGAGCGACUCAAGGGCGUGAUGGUGCGGAUCGAGUCCUACGACGUGGUGGACACCAACAACGAGAUGCUGGACAAGCUGAUCAAGCACCACAGCCAGAUGUUUGACCUCUGUGCUCCGAUGCGUGGAUGCCCGGCCUACCAUGUGCGCCACCUGUUCAUGGAGGGCGAUCACAAGUUCAAGGACAACCUCGGCAAGUCCGAUGUGCACUGCUUCCUGCUCACGGAUCUACUCCUGGUGUGCAAGACGAUCGCCAAGCGGGGACUAGGCGCUCUAAAGGUCAUCCGGCAGCCGUACCUUACCGACCAGCUAAUUGUUCAGCUGGCGCCGAACAACACACUGAAUUGCGUGUACCUCAAUGAGUUCCAGGUGGCCACCACGGCGUUUACGCUGCAGUGCACCGAGGCCAAGAACUGGUACGACGCCCUGUGGCGGGCCAAGACGAUCUACCAAAGACUGAAGCGCGGAGGCGGUGGAGGCAGCGGAAGUGGAACGGUGGGCGGCGGCGACAGCUUCCGGUUCGGUGGGAGUGCCACAAGCGGCGGCACCGCCGAUUCCCUUGGCGUCCGCAAGUCACCGAUGAACUCCUCCAUCUGCAGCCACGUCUCCAGUGCGAACAACAGCCACAGCGGCAGCGUCGAGUGGAACGACUCCCGCAACAUAUCCGUCGACUUUGAAAAGACAAACUCGGUGUCCAGCGACGAGGGCUCCAGCAUAAUGACAGGCAACCACGGAGUGAACCUAAAGGGCAAGCAGCAAUUGAUCAGUGGUCUGCACAAGGCCAAGAUGGGCAUCAUCGGCCAGAUGGGCUCCAAGUCGGCGAACACGCUCUCCGUGCAGCCAAUGAACCAUCUGGGCCAGAGCCUGCCCAACCUGAACAUGCAUCACAGCCACACUAACAAUACUCUACUCGUGCCCGGCUCCACGACGAGCCACUCGGGCAACAUGUUGUUGUCGCCCAGCCACCGCGGCAUUUCCUACCCGCCACCGAGCCCAACGAGAGUUCCCCUGCGCCGUGGGAUGGCCUUCUCCACGUCGACGAAGAAUCCGCCGCUUCGUAAGACCCGGAACAUAACCUCCCAGAACAGUAUUAACUGGCACCAGAUCCCGGCCACGCCCACGCCGCCCAGCCCCAGAUCGCAGUACCAGUCGCCGGGAGUGGUGUGCAUGCAGAAAUCGCUGCCCCUGCUGCUGCCCACAAACACGGAUGAGGGUCAAGGUCCCAGUCAGCCACCGCCCCCGCUGCAGAAGCAGUUCUCCCACCAGGCGCCUCUGCCCACCUCCAUUCACAACCAGUCGAGCACCGAAACGGACGUCUGAUGAGGACGGGUUGGCCGGAACUCAUACCCACGGAAUGUACUUACCCAUAUGUCCGCCACACACUACAUAGAUAAACUUUAUAUACAAGAUACAUUUGGAAAAUCGCCCUUGAUUCCCGCUCGCAUUAGCACAAAUUUAAAGACAGAUCUAGAGAUAUUACCAUCGAUUAAUUAACUUGAUUCAGAUUAGUGUGUUCAUUAGAGAAUGAAAUGGAAUACGCAGGACAGGCUAAUAAAUGAAUAGUUCCCCUUUUGAAAACCUACUUCAAAUGCAAUAUAAUCCAGUGCGUGAUCAGAGGCGACUUUCCGAAUAUUCAAUUAGGAUUUCAUGAGCUUGUAGGACAUCGUGAGCUUGUAACGUGAAAACUGCACUUUUGGGUCCAAAGCUGAUAUUCAACUUUUAUACAUUCCAUAACUGACUCUCCACUGAGUCCCCAGCCUUGGCGAGAUUAGCGAGAUUACAUUUCAGAACACAACGCUCCGCACAUUCGCCGUUUUAAUCUUCCCAUAACGAUAUGAAGACAAAUAAAGUUUAACCAAACUAAAGUUAGAUGUACUUGUUACCCUAGAAUACGCAUAGUGCGAAUGCCAUAUAUACAGAAACAUACCUAGAUUGAUCACAAGCUUUAUGAAUAACUUACUACUGUACUAUUGAUGUAAGUCGUUACUUUCCUUGAGUAGUUAAAUCAAAUGUUACGGUCUAAAUAAAACAGAAUAAACAGAAUAUAUUUAAAUAUAUCUUACUGGCUGCCUAUUGUUGUGUGCAUGUAUUAUAGACCAUGUUUUUCUAAUUUAAAAUGUGACAAAAAACUAAUUUUUUUAUACGUGAUUUUAUGUUGUAAUCUACACUUAUCUUUCUGCUGGCUCAGACGUAUUCAAAUUAAAAUACAUAUAGUUUAAAAACAA